AUGAAUAUCAGCCAAACUUGGACUAAAGAAAACAUACAUUUUUGUUAUGAAUACUCAAACAGGUCUUGUCCAAAGUUUGUUUAUUCAUCUACAGUAUGGGCUCCCCUCUAUGUUUUAUUAGGGUGUAUUAUAAUUUUGACUGUUUUUGGAAAUCUUAUUGUCAUCAUUACUAUAGCUCAUUUCAAACAACUCCACACUCCAACUAAUUACAUUGUCCUCUCCCUGGCUAUCGCUGACUUCCUUCUGGGGUCAGUCAUCAUGCCACCUAGCAUGGUUCGCUCACUGGAGAGCUGUUGGUAUUUGGGUGACCUGUUCUAUCGAUACUAUGCUGUCUGUCAGCCUCUCCAUUAUCAGACAAAGAUCACAAAUGGUGUUGUUCUGACCAUGGUUGUAAUCAGCUGGACUCUGUCUGCAUUACAUGGGUAUAUGAUGGUAUUUAUGAAUUUGAAUACCAUGGGCACUGAGGAUAUUUACAAUGAGCAUUUCAACUGUGAGGGAGCUUGUUUUCUGUUACGAAGUAGGAUGUCAAUUUUGACUUCCUCCAUUUUAGUUUUUUUCAUACCAGGCUUUCUCAUUAUUGUCCUGUAUCUGAAAAUCCUCAUUAUUGCAAGGAGACAAGCCUGUUCCAUUCAAAGCAGAGUCUGUAGAAAUGUGACCUUUGAGAAGAACAAAACCAACCUAAACAAGACAGAACCCAAAGCCACAAGGACACUGGGAAUUGUGGUUGGUGUUUACCUUAUCUGCUGGUCCCCCUUUUUUCUGUGUAACUUGAUUGACCUAUUUAUAGUUUUUCCCUCUCCACUCAUCCCUGAAUUUUUUGUAUGGCUUGCCUAUUUGAACUCUGGAAUAAAUCCAAUUAUUUAUGCUUUCUCUUUCAGUUGGUUUAGGAAUGCGAGCAGGUAG